AAGAGUAAAUAGAAGCAGGAGCCCAAAAUGGCGGAGUCUCCCAGUCCCGUUCGCGGCGCGGUGCCGCCGCUGGAGCAGGAGGCUUUCGGCGCCAGGCCGCUUCCGGCCGCUAAGGCCUCCCGGGGGCCCCAGCCGGCAGCCAAGAGGCUGAAGGGAGCUGACGAGAAGGGCCUGAAGGGCCCCAAGCGCGUCAACGGCGAAGGGGGCGGUGGUGGCGGGAGUAAUAGGCAGCAGCCGCCGCCACCACCAGCGUCGGGCUACGGCGGCCCCACCGCCUGGGGCUUCGCGGCGCUCCCUGCCGGCCCACCCGGGGGCGGAGGAGGCUUCGCUUUCCCCUCUCAAGUGCACGGCAAGCUGUUGCUGCCGGCCCCCUCUCACCAGCAGCACCAGCAUCGCCACCACAGGCAUCGCCUCGACCCGGCCGCCGGCGGGGGUGGCGGUGGCAGCAGCAGCAAAGCCAAGAGGCCCAAGGAGAAGCGGGACAAGGAGAAGAGGAAGCACGGGGCCCUGGCGGUGGGAGGCGGCCUGAGUGCGGCCUGCCGGGAGGAGAACGGCGAGGUGAAGCUGCUCUUGCAGAAAGAUGAAAUCAAAGACAAAAUUAAAGAGAGGGACAAAGAGAAGCAGAAAGAAAAGAAGAAACAUAAAAUAAUGAAUGAGAUCAAGAAAGAGAAUGGUGAGGUCACAUUAUUGCAGAAAGGUGGGAAGGAGAAACCAAAAACCAAUGCAGAAGAAUUACUAAUUAAAAAGGUAAAGAAGAAAAAGAAAAAGAAACACAAAGAAUGUGAGAAAAGGAAACGUCCAAAAAUGUACAGCAAAUCUAUUCAGACCAUCUGCUCAGGAUUGGUUUCUGAUGUUGAGGAUCAAGAAGCCAAAGGCAUCAUAGAUGAUCAUCUUAAGAAUUUCAGUGAGAAGAAUAUGGAUCCCAAGAAGGACUGUGGGUCCAAGAUACCCGAGAACAGUGAGUUUCCAUUUGUCUUGUUAAAGGAGCCACGCGUUCAGAAUAAACUCAAAAGGUUGGACACAUUGGAGUUCAAACAGCUCAUUCAUAUUGAGCACCAGCCUAAUGGAGGUGCAUCAGUUAUCCAUGCCUACAGUAAUGAACUCUCUCACUUGUCUCCUGUGGAGAUGGAGAGGUUUGCAGAAGAGUUUGUGGGUCUGGUUUUUAGUGAAAAUGAAAACUGUGCAGCUUACUAUGUAAUGGGUAUUGUUCAUGGGGCAGCUACUUAUUUACCUGACUUUUUAGACUACUUUUCAUUUAAUUUUCCCAAUUCACCAGUGAAAAUGGAGAUUUUGGGAAAGAAGGAUAUAGAGACAACGACUAUGUCAAAUUUCCAUGCUCAGGUAAAAAGAACAUACUCCCAUGGUACAUAUAGAGCUGGCCCAAUGAGACAGAUCAGCUUGGUUGGAGCAGUGGAUGAGGAAGUGGGGGAUUACUUUUCAGAGUUCCUUGAUAUGUUGGAAGAUUCACCUUUCUUAAAAGUAAGGGGAAGAUGGGAAAGGGGAGAUAUUGUACCAAAUACUCUAUAUCAGUGGUUUUCAACGUGUGGUCCAAUUUUUAGUUUAGUUUUGUUUUGUUUUUUAAACAGAACUACCAAUGAAAUAAAAAACCUGCAAUACCUACCUCGAACUAGUGAGCCCCGUGAAAUGCUCUUUGAAGACAGGACACGAGCCCAUGCAGAUCACAUAGGACAAGGUUUUGAACGACAGACUACAGCUGCUGUAGGAGUGUUAAAGGCUGUGCACUGUGGAGAGUGGCCUGAGCAACCUCGUAUAACCAAAGAUGUAAUUUGUUUUCAUGCUGAAGAUUUCUUAGAGGUAGUUCAGCGAAUGCAAUUAGAUUUGCAUGAGCCUCCACUCUCACAGUGUGUCCAGUGGGUUGAUGAUGCAAAACUUAACCAACUGCGAAGGGAAGGCAUUCGAUAUGCUAGGAUUCAAUUAUAUGAUAAUGACAUUUAUUUUAUUCCAAGAAAUGUUGUGCACCAGUUCAAGACGGUUUCAGCUGUUUGCAGUUUGGCUUGGCACAUUCGGCUCAAGCUGUAUCACUCAGAGAGAGAAGUUUCUCAAAAUGCAAACACCUGUGAAGCAGGCACAUCUGCAGACCCCAUGUCUUCGGUUAUUGGACUUCAGACUGACAAUAUCUGUACAAUAAGCAAAAAUACCUCCGAAGACACCAAAUUUUCAGAUACUCUGCAAACUAAAUAUGUACAGCAGGAAUUCACACAGAUAAAACAUGAACUUAUUGCAUCUCACCGAAUUAAAGAAGAAUCCAUGAAUGUUAAUCUUCCUGAGAAGACAUGGGGACCUAAUGAUAUGGAAUGUCAGAAUAUUAAAGGAAAAUUUGGUAAUAUUGCAUUGACAGGAUUUAAGUGUGAAGUGGACUCUAAAUUCGAACUUGGCAACAACGACUUACAGGAUAAGUUGUGCUCUGGAAGUCACAUAAAUCUAGAUGAUACAAGACAACAGAGUUCAACAUAUCCAAAUCUGCAUGGACAAAGAGAAGAUGACUUUUUGUGCUAAAUUUGUACAUAUCGUUUUAAAUUCCUUUUUAAACUGAAUGACGUAAUAAUGUAAAGAUUCAUAAAUUCUGUGAGGCAAGCUUGUGACUUGCCCUCACAUCUGUUACAGAAAAUAGUUUAUGUAGCUUUGUAACAUUCCUCAGUGCCUGUCCAUAACUGUGAAGUAUCAAAGCACUUAGGGCCAGAUGCACUGUAAACACUGCAGGUUUAACAUAAAGAAGUCUUUAAAUAAUUUGAGUUGUAGGGUUUAGAGUAGAGCUGACAUUUAACAUAUAUAUUUUUUGUAAGAUGAGCCAGAAUUCUUUUUGACAAUUCCAGGCUUUUCCAUAGAGCUUAUUUAUACCAAUUUUUUUCAUUUUAAAUGUGUCAGCACUGUAGUGUAAAUAGCUUUUUUAAAAAAUCUUUUUAGUGUGAUUUAUACUGAAAUGUGAGCCGCUUAAUAAAGGUUCAGAAUAACAAAUUGGUUUUA